GAGUUGCUGGUCGCUUGUUCUGGAAGUGAGUGGAGCCACGUGGUUGAAAGUUUUCGUGUGGAUUUCCAGUUUGCAGAAGGAGAAAUAUUUCCUCAAGCAAUGACUGAAUCCGAUUCUGCGGGCAAAAAUCUGCUCUCUCUGGACCCAGCGCAGGAGACUGCAUUUCGGAAGAAAGUGCAAGAAGUGAAGAAAAAGCGACCAAAAAAGUAUGAGAAACUGACACCUGGAGUGAUUUACCUGGGCCACAUCCCUCAGGGGUUUUUCGAGCCCCAGAUCCGGAUGUACUUCAGCCAGUUCGGAAGCGUUAAAAGGGUCCGGCUGUCCAGGAGCAAAAAGACUGGCCGAAGUAAAGGCUAUGCAUUCGUGGAGUUCGAAUGUGAUGAAGUAGCAAAGAUCGUGGCAGAUACCAUGAACAACUACCUCCUCGCUGAACGGCUCCUCAAAUGUCAUUUUAUCCCCCCUGAGAAGGUGAAUCCAAAGCUUUUCAUUGGAAGUCAAACCCAGUUUAAGAAGCCUUCCUUCCCGGCUGUUAAACGAUACAACAAGAAACGAAGCGUCCAGGAGAGAAGGAAAAUGACAAGCAAGCUUUUACACAAAGAAACGCAUUUACGCAAAAGGCUGGCACAGAAAGGAAUAGACUAUGACUUCCCUGGAUUUGCCGCACAGGUACCUAAAAAGAAGGCAGCAGAAGACAUGAAUACAUCCGUCGGCAGUCAGGAUUUUACUCCAGUCUGCACACCCACUGUAAUAGAGCGCAGAAAAUCAAUGAAAAUUGAAGAGGGCGAGGAGGACAAUGACACUGAAAUCAUCAUUAAAGCCACACCUGCGCCAAAGAAAUCAAAAAACAAAAAGAAAGCAAAGUCAUCCUGAAAAAACAAAACCAGCACAGUAUAAAAACGGACUGCCGGCUAGGGAAUGAACUUUCAGUGAAAUACUAAUUUGGACCCAUUUUCAGCAGCACUUGCUGCUUUUCUGAAACAAACAAAAACUAAAUCCCUUUGUAUAGAAAUGCUCGUUGUUGCCUCGUGGGGAGGCAGUGGAGAAUGCAACGUGGGUUUCUGUGCAUUGAGAAAGAGCAGCUGGCUUGAAUCUUGGGUCACCCUGAAAGUGCGCUGAGCAGCAGUGCUCAUUCUGAACAGGUUAGGAGUUCCUGCCAAAACUAGGUUUGUUUUAUUUUUAAUUUUUUUUUUUUUUUUUUUUUUUUUUUUAUUGAGACAUUUUCCUGUCACUGCACAUUCUAUUCUCCUUUCUGUGGAGAUGUGAAGUGACUACAGCCUCUAAUACAAUUGAAGAAUCUGUUAUUUAAAUAGAAAAACCCAUUUAUUGGAGGUGUGAUAUUGCAAGCAAAACUGCUCCAAAAAUGUUGAAAUAAAAUAAUUUUGUUACAA